AAUGAAUAAUUUAUUUUCAUUCUAUUCUAUUCAUUCAGUUAUAAAACUUUUUGUGAAUUAUUUUGUAAGAACAUUUUUGCCAAGUUAAGAAAGUUAUUGAUCUCUCUGUGUUUGGUUUAUUUGAUAAAUUUUGUGAAUUAAACGGCAGACUUUCGCAUCUAAUGUAAACAACAUGGCGGUCAUAACAAGGGUUCCUGAGAAAAAUCUGUGGGAAGAAAUAUGUAAAGAAUUCGCUGCAAGAUCAGCCCCAAUACGGUCUGAAGAUGAAAUGUCAGUCAAAACAGAGUACCAGGAUUUUGAUCCUGCCAAACACAACCCUGUUUUCUAUGGGAAAAUGCAUGAACGUGUAGAGGUCGACGCUGAUGUGAUGAAAGAUACAGACGCCUCUGCCAGUCACCCCUCGUGUGUGGGCUACACAUUUACAGAUAAACCUCCCGAAACUCCUCUGUCACCUCCCCCAACACCACCUCAUAAAGAUACAUGUACACCAAGGGAGUUUUUAGAACAUUAUGUGUUUCCCUGGUUAUUACCUGCAUUAGAGGACAUGCUUAGGCAGGCAAAGAAAGAAAAAUGUUUAGAGAGGAAAAGAACAGCAUUUAAUGCCAUGGACUACCUCACUGAACAUUUGUACAGAAAUAAUCCUAAGUAUGAUGACAGACAAGACAUCAAGUUUGAGAAGAUUCCAUUUGUUGCUAAGCAUUGGGAAACUCACCCCAGGCCCCCACUCCCACUCUCCCUCAUUUGGACAGAGGAGGAGGCAGCCUUGGUCAUUCAGUCACAAUGGAGGGGAUUUCUGGUAAGAAGACAGCCUGAGGUACAAGAACUGCGACAAUGGCAGAGAGAAUGGAGAGAGGAAAACGAUAAUAUUAACCAGAAAGUCAGUGAAUUCUGGGACAAAAAGAUGCCAGACUGGAAAAACCCCACACCUAACGCAUCAGAGGACCAACUGAAAGUGGAAAAUAAAGAAAUCAGAGUGGAGUCACCCACUAAAGUGGAAAAUAAAGAAAAAGUGGAGUCACCCACCAAUCAGAGUUAGAAGUAUCCAUGGUAAAAGUGGAUAAGUUUGAAAUGAAAUCAUGUUAAUGUGACACAAACAACAAAACAACAGAAAAUUUGCACUUAGAUAUUUACUGAAAAUAAGCAAGUGAAUAACUUCAAUUAACCUGAUCUUCAGAAAUUUUUAGGAUAACUGAAAAAUUAUUUAUGGUACUCUGUGACAAUGUGAAAAAAACAUAAGAAUUUUGUAUCUGUGAUAUGUGAUAUGUAAGUUAUUAUUGUGAAAUUUAUUAAAUAUAUAUUAUACACCAAAGCAAGAACAAAAAUGGAUACUGCUGUAUAAAAUUGUAGCCUACGUUAUAAGGACUUUAUAAUACAAUCGAACAUUCUCAUAGUUUGAACAGAAAUUUACCAAAAAAGAUGAGUAUGCUGCCUUUCAGUUUCCAAAGACAGCUUUAAUUAGAAAUUAAAAUAAGCAUCAUUCAUGAAAAAGUUGAGAAUGGUACAAAUCUCAUCAUAAAGGCAUAAUGAAAAGAAUUUAUGAUCAGCUGUAACGCUGCAGUGAUUGUUGGUAGGAUAUGGUCUUUGCAGAUGUCGGAAUUGCAUUGCGUUUCUAUAUCUAUGUAUUCAUAAAGCAGCAGACUUGAAAUAGUCAUCAUAACUUAUGGGACUUCCUUGUAUUCUGCAGUGAAUCCUUUCCAGGCCACUGUGCUGUCAGUUGUGAAAACCAUAAUUAAAGUGUCUGAUGACGUCACA